AUUUUAUCUCACCCCCAUCAUCUUCCUCCUUACUUUCCUCCAACUUGUCUCUCUCUCCUCUCUCCUCUCUCGCUAUAUAAACCCCCACACGCCCUUUCUUUCAUUGGCAACUGCUGCAGAAAACAUCAAGACAACAACAACAAUUCAAUUAAUUGAAAUCUUUUUUAUGGAGUUCACAAGCCUGCUGAACAAUUCAUUGGAUCUGAAUGCCAAGCCUCUGAGAUUUCUGGACGAGUCGCCUCCACUGAAACAUCAAGUGCUGGAGAGCAGCUUCAUUGGGUUGGGAACAAGUGUUGUGAAUGUGAAGGAAGAAAAAGGUGCUCUGAUUGAAGAGCUGAAUAGGGUGAGUGCGGAGAACAAGAAACUGACUGAAUUGCUGACAGUGAUGUGUGAGAAUUACACUGAGCUGAGAAACCAGUUGGUGGAGCAGACGGGCAAGAACGUUAAUGUAGUCGAAAACAGCAACGCUGCAUCAAGAAAGAGGAAGGCAGAGAGCAGCAACAUUGAUGCGUUGAAUCCCGAGAGCAGCUCCAGCGAUGAAGAAUCAUCAAAGAAGCCAAGAGAAGAGCACAUCAAGGCCAAGAUUUCGCGCCUUUGUUUGCAGAUAGUUAAGGAUGGAUAUCAAUGGAGGAAAUAUGGGCAGAAGGUGACUAGGGACAACCCUUGCCCAAGAGCCUACUUCAAAUGCUCUUUUGCUCCAACUUGCCCUGUCAAAAAGAAGGUUCAAAGAAGUGUGGAAGAUCAAUCAAUCUUGGUUGCAAGUUAUGAAGGGGAGCACAACCAUGCUCCGCCAUCAAAAGUAGAGUCCAACAGCAGUGGAUCAAACAAGAACUCCAAUUUAGGGUCGACUUCUGUAAGCUCCACUGCUGCUCCCACCGUCACUCUUGAUCUCACAAAACCCAAACAAGAAUCCACCAAUGCCACACCCAAACUUGAUGCACCAGAGCUGCAGCACUUCUUUGUUGAGCAGAUGGCCUCUACCUUAACCAAAGAUCCCAAUUUCAAAGCAGCUCUUGCAGCAGCUAUUUCGGGCAAGUUUCUUCAAUCCAAUAAUCACACGGACAAAUGCUAAACCAGCCUGCACUUUUCAUAUGUUUCUGCACAUUCUUCAUGUUCCAAAUCGAACUUCCUACACCGAGUUAACACAGCUCGUCACACACAAUUUCAUUUGUUAAGGGGAAAGAAAUCUUCAAGGAUUUUUUUAUGAAGAAGAAACGCCAUUGGAAAUCGGUUUAGAUUAGAUUUUUGAAACCUGUGAAUAACUAUGUAUUUUGGGGGUUUGAGAUUUGAUAGUUAGUUGUUCAAGGCAAAGAUUCUGUGUGGGAAUUUCUCUGCUUGCUGCUUUUGUGGAAAAGCACAUCCAAUUCAAUCUAGUUAGUUUCGAUUGUUAUUUCAGAAGAUUCAAACAAUAUUGAAUUCGUCAUUAGGUAAACAAA